GGAGGCGGGGGAGGUGCCGCGCAUGCGCGGGAGGGCGGUGGGUGGGGUAGACCUGGCCGCCGCAGGGCUCCAGGUGAUGCUGUCCCAUCCCCCUGGCCCCACUGGAGAUGCGAGUGACAUGUCAGGUCUCUCCUGCAGUGCGAGGCCAUGAAGAUCAACCAGAACACAGUGCUUCAAGGAAAGAGGGUGACUCUGGUGCCGUACACUUCUGCACAUGUGCCCCGUUUCUGGCUCUUGUCAGGUACCAUGCGUGGAUGAAAUCGGAGGAGCUGCAGCGCCUGACAGCAUCUGAACCAUUGAGCCUGGAGCAGGAGUAUGAGAUGCAGCGCAGCUGGCGGGAGGACACAGACAAGUGCACAUUCAUUGUGCUGGACACGGAGCGGUGGUCGGGGCAGGCGUGUGCGGAUGAGGACUGCAUGGUGGGGGAUGUGAAUUUGUUCCUCACCGACUUUGAGGAUCCAACUUUGGGCGAGAUUGAAAUUAUGAUUGCAGAGCCCAGCUACCGUGGCAGAGGAUUUGGCAAGGAGGCAACUCUGAUGAUGAUGUCCUAUGGAGUGACAAACCUGGGGAUCACCAAAUUUGAGGCAAAGAUUGGCCAGGAGAAUGAAGCCAGUAUCUGCAUGUUCAAAAAGCUUCAUUUCAAGGAGGUAGCUGUGAAUAGCAUCUUCCAAGAGGUGACGUUGAGGCUGGAUGUGAGCGACCAAGAGAAACAUUGGCUCCUGGAACAGACAAACCACGUGAAGGAGAAAAGCUAUACUGAACUAAAGCUGCCAGCUGUGGUGCUGGAGACCUGAUGGAUAGAUACAUCCAGACACAGGCCUGGUUUGCCAGGAGGAGGAGUUGGACACUGUUGCAAGGUCUGAGCACGGAAGAUACCAAUAGGCCAGCAUUGCGCUUCACUGUUUUUAUCUGUCUGGUUGGUUACUUUGCGAUCUUGUCAACUUUGCACUUUGUUGCAACAGCCAGAAAUACUGCCUUAAAUUUGGACCUCAAGAACAGCCAUUAGUUCAUAGACUUGACUAGGAAUGGCCCUUUCAAACCUCAGACUGACUGUCCCAGCAGAACCUACAGCCACCAGCAGUGAAUUGAUUCCUAAUGCAGCCAGUCUCUGGACAAGCAGCACCCUGUGUUCCUACUUAUGCUGUCCUUAGAGCAGAAUUCAUCAGUUCUACAGAGGGAAGCUAAAUGCUCUGGUAGCUCAGUUUGUUUUCUCUUGAAUAAAAACCUGACAAAAAUCUGA